AUGGAGCCUACUAAGGCAACGAACGGAGAAUCGAGCGACUGGCAGUGUUCCUGUCUGGACAUUAAAUCCCGCCUAAAGUAUAUGCACGAAACAGGAACAAUGUCUGACUGUGAGUUUCUGGUCGGCAAAGAACCGGAAGGUGAGAAGGUUGUGGCACACAAAUUUGUCCUCGCGAUGGCGUCCCCGGUUUUCAAUACGAUGUUUUAUGGAGCACUUUCCGCGAAAAACGACGAGCCGAUACGUGUUCCGGACAUCGACGCGCAUGAGUUCAAAAAGCUUAUGACGUACUUUUAUAUGGAUCAUCUCGAAAUAUCUUCGGUGUAUGAGGCAAUGAAUCUUUACUACGCAGCUAAGAAAUAUAUGCUGCCGGGUGUUGUUGCUGAAUGUGUUAAAUAUUUGCAAGCUAAUCAAACAGCUGCCAGCGUUUGCCAAGUCUAUGAGUUCGCCAAAUUUUAUGACGAAUCUGCUCUGAUGAGUCUAUGUCUUUCCACCAUGCGUAAUCAAACAAGUACUAUAAUAACUGGUAGUGGUUUUCUCGAUGCCGAGCUCGGUACGAUAAUAACCAUGUUUGAUCAGACUACCUUGACAAUCGAUUCUGAGUUGGAUCUCUUCAAAGCCCUCAAGCGAUAUGCAGCUAAGCAUGGUCUAUCACGUAACGUUGAAUCUCAGCAGCAGCAUCCUACGCCAGAAAAGGUUGAGGCUGAUUCGGAGAGUGACAAAAAUCCGGAAGAAGAUCAGCCGCCCACCAUUCUUGACGCUCUACACCGUGUGCACUGUAUCCAGAAUAUAGAGCUUCGAGGUAUUGUCGUAAUUGUAAUCGUCAUUGCUAGCAGAAAAAGCUCGGCGGUCGAUUCCAAUGAUAUCACUAUCGUCCGCAAAUCCCAGGAGCAUAUGCGACCGAGUGACGAUGGUACCGUUCCUUUGCACGCCUGCUCUCCUGAUGGCACCUUCAAGAGCAAUGUUGAACAGCAAGUUUGA